UAAGUUUCAAAUCCUGGGGAUUAUAUAGAUACAUGUUUUGAAAUGAUGGGAUGGAAAAUAUCAGCGACGAGGAAGCGAGAGCACUGGCCGCAAACUUGAUAACGAAAAUGCAAAAGUCCAUUCUGACACCAGAUGAUGAUGUCAGAAACUCCUCUGUCGUCACAACUUCUUUCGGAUCAAACGUUAAGCCAAUUCAUGCAAAUCACGAAGUUUGUGAACAAAAUUGUCAAGUCGAAGAGUUUAAUUCUCGUCAUCGAGGAACUUGCCAUCAAGAUCCAAACAUUUCUUUGAGUUUUCAGAAGUUUGCAGUUAAUGGAGGUAGUGGAGAUGCUCUCGUGCAGAAUGUCACGUCUUUCGAACGUUCGUCAAAACAAUAUAAAUCGAAAGUUUGCCAGUCGAAUGAAUCACCUAGAGAUGGAGGACCAGAGAAAGUCUUAAACGGAGAAACAAGUUCUAAUAGUUCUCCAAGAGUGAACGUUUCGUUUAUUCGCCAAAAGCGUUUAGCUUUCUUCGACAACAGUCUUGGAUCGAAGGGGAGGGAAGAAGAUUUAUUGCACGACAGUAACCGUAAUGUUUUGACCAAUAUUAAUGGCAACAACUCGCCCGAGUUAGAAGCUCGUACGUGUAGUUCCUCAAGUACAAAGCAGUUUGAUUUGACUUCAAAGUACAACAGUUACGAGAAACAGGAUUCAUUUGAUGGGAUGUAUCAGUCGAGAUCGUCAGAAACGCCUUUCUCGUUACCUCCUGACAAGGGUACCAGCAUGCCUUACCCAUAUAAGUCACCUCCAGUGACAGGAGUGGAUCGUGAUGAAGAAGACAUUAGACUGGAGUUAUGGGGCUUAAAAGAGGCUGUGCAUUCUGGAGAGCUUGAUAUAAACGCAUAUCUCAGGAAGCCAGCGUGGAAAGAUGACUGCCUUUCAAGCUCAUUUGCAGGAAAAUAUAAUAAGGAGAAAAAUUAUAAUUAUUUGCACUCUGGUGGUAAAGUAUCAAGCUGUGAGAGAAGUAAACCCAUCAAAAUUUCCAAAAGUCCCCGCAAAAAUCAAUAUCUACGUUAUACUGAGGAUGAUCAUGGUGGCAAAUUUGGGAAUGAAUUAAAUGCUGUUGACAGUGGAUAUUAUUCAGAAGAACACAGAGUGUAUUACAAUCCUGGACAAAUUUCUCAUGGAGAACAUGUCUCAAAUGGAUUUAGUUGUACUGAGCCACAAAUAAAUGGCCCACUCUAUUUUGGUUUUGAAACUUCUGAUUCUGAGAGUAGUUUGUUAAGUUUUGGCUCCAAGUGUGAUGAUGUUCAUUACCGUAAAGUUGUCAAAAGGCAAGAUCCUCUUGUUAGAGAACAAAGUUUACAUGGAAGGCAGCCACAAAAUGGUCACAAGAAACAAGAGAGAAAAGCCAAGCCUAGGAGAGGCAAAGACAAAAUUCUUGUGGAACUGACUGAGUUUAUCAAAGAAUCAGGAACUCCAAAAUAUAGAAAGGAUUCAAGAGAGGGUGGAAGAUCAUCUGAUGUUACAAAUGGAGAAAAUGGAUUAGACAUAGGUUCACCAACUGCUUUGAAGAAUGGUUUAGUGGAGGAAGCCACUGUGACAAAUUCAAAUCAUGUCCCGACAAUGGAAAGCAAAGUUUGUGAUGAAAGUGUGGCUGGUUUAAAUGAUCAUCUCAAACAAAGUGACAGGAUUAAAGAGCCUGGGGAAAAUCCAGGAAAUGUCAUGGGAAAGAUUUGUCCAAAGUGUGAUGAAGUCAACAGCAGGGCUGCUAAUUGGUGUAUUGAGUGUGGUACAGCACUAAUUUGUAUACAAGCAUCUUAUUUAACCACCCAACAGCAAAAGCACUUUGAAAAGCAAUGUCUGGAGACCCAAGCCUUAAUUAAGGAAACUUUGAAGACACCAACAAACUUGUCUCACAUUUUGCCAAAUGAUAAGGCUUUGAAAGAUGAAAGCUCUUUGAAUAAUGACAUAUCCAGUCUUUCUCUGCAAGUCUCUCAAAGCACCAAUGAUUUACAAGAGAGCAAGUACUCCUCUAGUCCACAUGGCUACAAACGUCGCUGGAUACGCUCCAGUAUUGCUUGGAGCAGUUACCAUUCAAAAGAACUUUCAAAAAGUCCCUCCUUUGUCAAAGAACAAGGCAACAUGAAAGAGAGGAAUAGAACAACUUCCUUUUCAGAUCUUGUGUCAUGUUCUGCAAAUGAGAAAGUUGGCAAACAUAAGAGACACGGUCGAAACAGAUCUACAAGGCAAAGAACAGUGAGUUGUAGCUCAUUUGGAGCUGAAGAUGAAAGAAGAAGACCUGAUCAAAGGUCACACACUAAUUUGGUGAAAGACUUUCAGAGAGAAAAAAAUCCUAGGACUUGUGUUGUGGAGAGGUGGAGUCCUUCUGUUGGGAAACAGAAUGGAAGAACAAAUAAAGCACAACACAACAUUGAUGGGAAAAUUCCUCUGGAAACCCAGUCAUGUCCAAGCCUGCUGAAGAGUGCAAGUGUUUCAUCUCUGAACAAUGAGUCAAAGCCUGCCAUGUCGCAAGCGGCCCAAGCUAUUGUGCCACCUCUGAAUCUACAAGAUGUUGAAAGUUAUGACAGGAUUUUGACUCUGAUUCGUUCUCAGCGAGACAGUGAUCCAGUUCCUUACCUUUACCUUCCUGAUGAGCUGGUGUUGUUGAUUUUCUCUUUUUUACCACACAAAGACUUGGUAUCUUGUUCACGAGUGUGCUGGCAGUUUUAUCGAAUCUCCAUGGAUGAAUCUUUGUGGAAAGUUAUUGUGGUGAAAAAGAACAACAACAUAACUGAUGAAUGGUUACACAUUAUUGGCCAGCGUCGACCCGUCAGUUUGACUAUUUCUCAAUGUCGUAGUGACAAAGUUACAGCUAAAGGCCUGAGAGAUUUGUUCCGCAACUGCUGUGAUUCAUUAGAGGAGCUGAAUUUCAGUCGGUGUGGUGGCAGUGAGUUGAUUGGUGAGUCUAUACUGCUGCAUGUUGCUGCACGCUGUCAGUGGCUGAAGUCUGUUGAUGCCAGCUGGAGCAAUGUUAGUGACAAUGGAGUCCAAGCAUUGGCAGACAAUGUAAAGAGGUUGGAGUGUCUGUGCCUGAAUGGCUGCCAAGCAGUUACAGAUCAGUCUAUAAAGUGUGUGGCAAACAAACAUGGCAGUUGCCUCAGAAUUUUUGAAGUUUUUGGCUGUUUUAAUAUCACUACUGCAGGGAUUAGGCUUCUUAGUCAGACUUGCAAGCAUUUGCAGACAUUGAACAUUGGACAGUGCUACAAGAUCACUGACUCUGCCAUUGGCUCCUUGGUGUCCAGUCUUCCAGAACUAGAGAACCUUGAUCUUCGAGGGUGUAAACAUGUACGCGAUUCAGCUGUGAAGAAGAUUGUCCGUCACUGUCCUUUAAUAACCACACUUGCAUUGGCUAACUGCCCUUUGAUUACAGACGUGUCUUUGGCAGAGAUCGCCACUAACCUUCCAAGAAUAAGGUCUCUUGAUAUAUGCGGCUGUUCAAGAGUGAGUGACAAAGGUAUCUGCGCUCUUUCAAAAAACUGCCACAAACUGGAAUUAUUAGACCUAACUUCUACUGGAGUGGGUCACAAGAGCGUCUUGUCACUCGCCAACUACUGUAGUCAGAGUUUGUGUAAUUUGAAGCUGAGUUUCUGCACAGAAAUUUCUGAUAAUACGGUGGUUCAUCUUGCCAAACAAUGCAAAAGAUUAACUAUGCUUCACUUGUAUGGAUGCAAACGAAUACGUAACACAUCGGAGCUCAGAUUGCAAUACCCAGCUCUUACGAUUGAGUGUUAAUGUGUGAUGAAGUUUGAAACAUUUUUUUCUCUUGAAAGGGGAGAGGAGGGGCGGUUGGGACACAUGAAAUUUAAAGGUGGCAACAGUACGGAAAUUUUGGCGUUUCUGUUCAUGCCAUAAUUUCAGAAUCUUCGUUUCGUUUUUCGAGCCUUCCAGUGUAAAUACACACAGUGCCAACCGUUGAACUAAUGCCUCGACGCUGGUUUACAUUUGUCUUUGAUUACGAGUUCCGCCGGCGAUCCUCCCCACAAGCCUCCAGACUAUGCAACAGUGUGAUCACGCAGCAGUCAAACGUCGGGCAUGCGCAAAUCAGUUAAGCUUUCGCUACCGCGCGGCCAUUUCCGGAAACUUAAAAGAAAACAAAAAAAAAACAAAACAAAACAAAACAAAACACCAAAAAAAACACCAGUUUCAAAACACAAUUUGCGAAAAACAAAUCAACUUUUAUGAAAAUCUAGAAAUAUUAAAAAAAAAGGAAGGAAGAAAAUUAAGGUUUUCGAACACGAAAGUUCCUUGUAGAUUGACCAUUUUUCGACAGAGCUUUAUUAAAAGCGUUCUACGCAUUUAAAAACCGUGGCUUGCUAACUCUUGUGGUUGUUUUAACUCAAUAAUACAAUAUGGUUCUGAUAGUCUUAGCGCAAGAUGUUGGACCGCCUUUAUUGUUCAACUUUUGCACAUGCGUGGACAUUUGACCGCUCUGGUGUUAGUAUGCUCUAGUAUAAAAUUGUUGUUCUCACAGAGGGAAGGAGGGAUUACUUUGCACUGGUUAUUCACUAGAUAUGUGAGAAAUGUUAGAGGGAAACUGGAGAGUUUUUAGACUCCAUCAAUUUAACCAAAAAAAAAAUGGACAGUGUCAGUUAGCUUAGGGAUAAAAUGUAAAUAUUCAUUUAGAGUAAGGAAGUAGAAGCCGUGAAUUAUUAGAAAAAAGAUUUGAUUUCUGUGAAAUUUGCUGGGUCAUUGACGUCAACUGUAUGGGGUUCAGUAACUCUUUGAUGGAGAUUAAGCCGAGCUUAGACUUGAAUCAGUUGCUGAUCAUCACGGUACCAAAAAAAUCUGUGCAUUUAAUGAUUUGAAGUAAUACUUUAACCCAGUGACAAAUAUUUUUCUGAAAUCAAUUUUCUUAUUUUACUUUCGUCCCAAAGGAUUUCGCGGUUUUUUCGUCAAGUCUUGGAGUCAUUUCUGUGGAAAAGAAAUAAAUGAGUGUAUCAGAAAAAUUACUCUCAAUGUUAAGUUUCACUGAGUACACUUAUGUAAAUUUAGAAAGAUCUUGUAAUAAAGGUAACUCUUUAUUUUUGCCAA